UUUGAGAAUGAAACAACCAAAAUACCGCUUAUCGAGCCUGAAGGAUCUGGCUCAGAGGCUCAAGAAAAAAGGAGUUCUUUGGCGAUAUUCUUUAUUCUCAUGGUAAUUGUUCUGGCCACUUUACUUGUACAUUUGCUGAUUGUGUCGAAAUUUCAUUACAUUCCUGAGAGCUUAGCUAUCGUUAUGCUUGGUGCCUUUAUUGGAUUCGUUUUAUCGUAUAGUGAGCGAGAUUGGCGUGAAGUGGAAUCAUUUAGUCCGAACUUUUUUUUCUUAGUUCUUCUACCACCGAUUAUUUUUGAAAGUGGUUAUAAUCUGCAUAAAGGCGAUUUUUUCGCAAACAUUUUCCCAAUUUUAACUUUCGCCAUUAUUGGAACGGCCGUAUCCGCUUUUGUGAUUGGUUCGUCGUUGUAUAUACUGGGACAGGCGGAUUUGAUUUAUCGAUUAAGUGCAAUGGAAAGUUUUGCAUUUGGUUCGAUGAUCUCUGCGGUCGAUCCGGUCGCUACAUUAGCCAUAUUUCAAGCGCUUAAUGUUGAGCCGAUUCUGUAUAUGUUAGUAUUUGGUGAGUCAAUGCUGAACGAUGCGGUAGCAAUAGUACUAACGUCAACGGCCCUUGAACUGGCACACCCAGCAAUAAGCAGCAGCUCUCUUUCCACGAGUCGUACACUGCUGAUGGCACUGUAUCGUUUCACUUUUGUUUUUAUCGUUUCCGCUGUUUUGGGUGCAGCAAUCGGCUUCAUUUCUGCUUUAUUGUUCAAACAUGUUGACCUUCGUAAAACUCCAUCGCUCGAGUUUGCACUGCUUCUCGUUUUUGCUUACUUACCAUACGGGCUUGCGGAGGCUAUAUCUCUUUCAGGUAUAAUGGCAAUUCUAUUUUGUUCAAUUACAAUGUCUCAGUAUACACACUUUAAUGUCUCUCCAGUAACACAAAUCACGAUGCAGCAAACAUUUCGAACUCUUGCUUUCGUUGCGGGUAUGCGUGGUGCAGUAGCGUUUGCUUUAGCACUUCAUAUAUCAGCUGAGGAUGAAACCACAAAACGCAUGCUUCUCACCACCACAUUGUGUAUAACUCUCUUUACAAUUAUAUUCCUUGGUGGCUCUACUCUACCGUUAAUGAAGAUACUUAAUGAACUUUCCACAGUUCGUUUGAGUUCACAGAAAAGGAAACGUUCUCGACGUCGCAGAGAACGUAAACGAAGAAAGUCGCCCGUUUUACUGAGUAAAACACAAGAAAUGUUCAUUUUUGAUCACUCAGAAGCGAUGACAUCUGCAAAUGAAGAUGCUGGUACAACUAUACGAAGUCGUCACUCAAAUGCAACUCCCAAUGCAGUUUCCAGGUUCAACGAACGCUUCGUAAAGCCGAUGUUCGUGCGCAAAUUUACCUCUCAGGAAAUGAUGGAAAACAGAGUAAAGUUACGCAAUUUGGCUUGCGAAGUAUUGAACGAUGGAGGUAAUAAUGAAAUGAUGCAUAUCGGAUUUGAACAGUCUUCAUCGGAUGAAUUAUUUGGUGUCGCUACAGAUCCACUUUUGCGGUAG